CUAAGAUUUGACGAGACGAUUAUUUCGAGCUGCCUGCUUGUUAUAUCUUCUUCAUUGACUUGCCCCCGAAUUGACAGGAUUGAUAAAUCCCACGAUACCGGCGCUAUGGCUCAACCUAUCAAGCACAACGUCGUCGCGCUCGACUCGUGGGUCAAGCCUCCUCCCUUCGAAAUUGAUCAUGAUUUAUUCUUGCACAAUACGACCGACCCGACGGAGAUUGCAAGCCUAGUCAAAGAUGCGACCAUCAUAAUUGUAUCUAUGGUACCUGUCUCCCGAGCCACGAUCGAGGCUGCUCCCAAUUUGCAGCUGGUAGCCUGUAAUGGCACCGGGACCGAUCACGUAGACAAGGUCGCCGCACGUCAGCAUGGCGUAGCGGUGUGCCAUGUGCCAGCUCAGAACACCGAGAGUGUCAGCGAGCACGCCUUCGCUUUGUUCUUUGCUCUUCGAAGACAAAUUCUGCCAAUGCACACUUUGACCAUCGAUGGUGGUAUAUGGAGCAAGAACAAUGCAAUCUAUCAGAAAAUGGGGGCUCCGCCCAGGACCAAUGGCGAGGAGACUCUCGUACUCGUCGGCUAUGGAGCGAUAGGUAAGGCAGUCGAGAGGAUCGGACGAGCGCUGGGCAUGCAAGUCUUGAUUGCUGAGCGCAAGGGCGUCAUUGAAGUCCGUCCAGGACGUACCUUUUUUGAAGAAGCUCUGAAGCGAGGAACUCUAUUCAUCCUCGUUGUACCAUUGGAUGAUACCACACGGAACAUGUUCGGUAAGAAAGAGUUCGAUGCCAUGCAGCCCACUGCGCUUGUAGUGAACGUAGGUCGCGGUGGCGUAACCAACGAGCAAGACCUUGUCGAUGCACUCAAGAGCGGAAAGCUUGCUGGCGCUGCGACAGACGUGUUCGAGAUUGAACCGGCAACAAAGGAGAACUGCCGGCUUCUUGACAGCAGCGUUCCAAACCUGCUGCUGAGUCCCCAUGUAGCAUGGUAUUCCUCUCGGACAAUCGAAGGGACGCUGGCCGCGAUCAAGAGCAACAUUGAGGGCUUCGCAAAUGGCAAGCCCCAGAACAUCGUUGUUCCUAGCAAGAAUACAGCAUGAAACUUGAACAAGCAGGAGCGGGAGCGCAUCGCACACUCGGAUUUUCCAUUGCAUGUUAUCCGAGGUCGUUAGAAAACAAGAGACAGCUAAGAAAAUACAAUAGAGCGCUUUCGCCCGGUGUCGAGAAUAGGAAUGCAUACGCGUCCCUAUGCCAUACAUUCUUCCCAAUCACCACCAAUCUGACGCAGUCAGGCUAUUACUGAAUCAUACAUUGCUUCCCCGAGAGGUACAUGUUCAUGACUUCUUUGUCGAAGCUGAAUCUUGCUCAUUCUGCUGCGAUGUGCUUGGAAUAAGCCUAUCAAGGAAAGAUUCGCUCGAGAUACCGGUCGUGGAAAGUUUGCGGCACGUACUGCCUGACGAGAGAUUCUUUGUUAACUGAUCGGAUGCUUCGUCAUCCAUGCAAUGACUGAAAUUUUACCUGCUCUUUCGACCUCUUCUUCAGGAACUUUUGCUUCUGAUGGCCGU